AUGACAACCCCAGACGACGACGAGGACCCAUGGCAUCUCACCUCUCCCGGGUGCCACGUCGCCCUCACCCACUCGCCCCUCGAUAUUCCCUCCACCAUGGCCCUCGUACGCAGUCCCUCUGCCGGCGCCAUUGUCCUCUUCGCCGGAACCACGCGAGACAACUUUGCCGGCAAACCCGUCAAGGAGCUGCAGUACACGUCGUACCGCCCCCGCGCGCUGCGGACCAUGCUCGGCAUCGCGACGGCCCUGCACGCCGAGCACGGCCUCGUCGGGCUCGCUCUGGUGCACCGCCUCGGCGUCGUGCCCGUCGGCGAGGAGAGCAUCCUGAUUGCCGCGUCGUCGCCGCACAGGCAGGCGGCGUGGCGCGCGGGCGAGGCGGCGCUCGAGGCGUGCAAGGAAAAGGUCGAGGUGUGGAAGCGCGAAGAGUUUGAGGGCGAAGAGGAGGGCGUGUGGCGCGCCAACAGAGACGGGGCGGUGGGUGAAAAAGUGGCGGAGUGA